AUGUUAGCAGAUCGUAAAAGAAGAAAAAUAACUGUUUACAAUUCAGAUACUGACGAAAAAGAAAUAAUAAAUCCUUCAGAAGUAAGAAAAAUACCUGCUCUUUUUAAACAAUCUGCUAAAAUCUAUUAUGAAGCAGGUGAAAAUGGAGAUAUUGGACAUUAUUUUACUGGUAGAGGAACAGAAACAUAUAUACAGAUCAAUGAACGGAAAGAUUGUUUGCUAAUAGCUUAUCAUGAAUCAUUAGGUAGAAAAGUAAAUGAAAAUAUUAUAGGACAAGAACGAGUAUCACUACGCCGUUAUACUGCUAAACAUUCAGAAAAAUAUGUUAGAGGUAGAUGGGAGAUUGAUUUGAAUAGACGUAAUCAGAUGAUUGGUGGUACACCAAAGAAAAACCUUUACAUCUUCAAUCCUAUCACUGUAAUGCAGGAUGGUUCUAGAAAAAGAAAUAAAAUAUAAAUUAAUACCUGAAGCUAUGAAAAAAUUAAGGAAUGAAAAUGAUAAACUAGUGGUAAUUACGUCUCAGCCAUCUAAGGCGGGUACAAUAAAGCAAACAGAUAAAGUACGCUUAGAUGAUCAGAAUUUUACUGGAAAUAGUGACUAUGUUAAUUUUCAAGUGCAAAUAGGUGGACAGAGAUAU